ACUAGUAACUAUAUGUGUUGCUGGACAAUGCGUGUGAUUUCUUAUUGGAUAUUUCUAGACGCGGUAUAUGACAGAUAAGAUGUCCAGUGAAGGUGAUUCCGCUAAAAGUGGAUUUUCGGAGGCCAACGAAAAAAGUGGCACUGACCACACAGAUUCUUCUCAAGAUUCACAAGAUGUGAAGGAUGCCAAGAAUGAUAAACAAGCUGAAAACAAUGUUAAUACUAAAGCAGAUACUGACAAAUCUAAGGCAGACUCUGCAGAUGAUUCACAGGACUCCGUAAAGAAGGAAGAGAAUGAAGGUAAAGAGGAAGAAAAGCCCAAAAAUGAUGUGAAAAACAAAGAAAAGGAGACUGAAAAUAAUGAUGUCAAAGAUGAAAAGAGUGAUGCUAGUGAUAAAGAAGAGGAUGCUGGAACAGAGGACGACAAAAACGACGUAGAUUCCAAAGAGAAAAAGGACAAGAAAGUAAAAGAUGAAGACACGGAUUCAAAAAGUGAUAAAGUGGAGUUUGAAAAUGGAUCUGGCACUCCGUUAGGCGAUAUACCCCGCGUUGAUGCUUCUAUUUCACGUUUUAAAAAUGAUGACCUAAAAUUACUUCACCGUUUACUAUUUGACACUGUUGGAAAAACUGCAUUGCUUAAGAAGAAUAUUAAAAAAUUUAAUGGAUUCUCAUUCAAAAAGAAUUCCACUGAAUACGAAGCCAAAGUCACAUCGGCUGAUGAAUUGGAAGUGAAACAGUUAAAGGUUAUUUGUGAAAUGUUAGACCUGCCAAAGACUGGAACAAAGGAUGACAUUAUUGCAAGAAUUUUGGAAUUUUUAAUUGAACCUAAGGAUAGUUCACCAAAACCAGUGGGUGGUGGGAGACCUAAAAGAACUGCAGCAGUUAAAGCUAACAACAGGGGCUACUCAUCUCACGAUGACUAUUCAAGUGACGAAAGGCAGUCACGAGGCAGAAGAGACAAGGGUAGAAGGUCAAAUUUGAAAGACGAGAGUUCAAGUGAGAGCGAUGAAGACUUCCAUCCUUCCGAUGAAAGUGACGAAAAACCCAGAACAAAACGGGGGAGAGGGGGCCGUGGUCGUAAGAAGGCCGUAUCUGAAGAUGAACUAAGCGAAGCUUCUGGAGCUUCGUCGGAUGAGAGUGAUGAGGAGCCUAAGAAUAAGAAGCGAAAGGGAGCUCUGAAGGCAGUUAAUAAUAAAGCCAAAGGAAAGGGCGGGAGACGAGGUAGGCCACCAGGUUCUGGAGCUAAAAAGAGUGCUAAGAAGGGCAAGAAAAAAGAAUCAUCUGAUGAGGAAGAAAGUGACAAACCCGAUGACGCCAGCUCAUCUGAAGAUGAACCAUUGGCCAAAAAGGCCAAAAGUAAGGAACCACCAAGUGAUGAAGAAAUUAAAGAUUACAUAAAGAAAAUAUUAGAAGGUGCAAAUUUGGAAGAAAUAACGAUGAAGACUGUGUGCCAGAAAGUGUAUGCCCACUAUCCAGAUUUUGAUCUCGCCCAUAAAAAAGAUUUUAUAAAAACUACGGUAAAAUCUUUAAUAUCAACGUGAACGUUUAAUGGAUUACGGUUUAAGAAGCAUAAUAUAAACAAUCUUUAUUUCUCGAGUACAAAAUGUGUCAUUUUGUUUCUCAUUUAAUUUUAUACUUGCAUUUGUCUAUUAAUAACAUAUUUAAAAUAAUGUAAAAAUCUAGAUUUAGUAUAUCAAAGCCACAACAAAAAAAGAUCUAAAGUUUCCACAGAAUAUUUUAUAAAUAGAGAUUUCGAAAUUGAAUGUUUGUGACAAGUGUUUUUUACUUAUUUGUCUUAUAUUGACUAAAACAAUUAUUUUGUAGAAAAUUUGAUAUAAUAUACAUUUUUAUAUAUCCUGAUCGCGAUUUUAGACAGACGUUUCUAAGAUCGGAUAAAUAAGUAUAAAGCACUUAUCUAUAGGUUUAUAUUAAUUUCCAUAAAAAUAAAUCCUUCAAGUCUAGCACAUAUUUUACAAUAUUUUUUUAUGAGUCGGUAGCAUAACAUCAAAAUGAUGAAGUAACACAAAAAAAUUAAAUUACACAGGGUGUCUUAGAAUAUAAAUAAUAUGAUUUAUAAAUAUUUGAAGAAAGUUUAAUUGAGGGUUGGAAAUUGUUAUGAUAUUAAUAUUUUACUUUAAGUAAUUAGUACACGCACAUAUUAAUAAUCACGCCAUUUAUGUUUCUUUUAAUAUUGAUAUUUCACUAAUAAUAGAAUAUUCUAUAUGUGAGCUGCCUCCAGCAACGUUAUUUUAAGACCACAUAGAAUUCGUACAAGAAGCAUGGAAGGAUAAUUCUAUAAGUUGUCUCAAAACUAGACAUAACUAUAAUAUUAUGAAUAACAAUUUGAAAUUAAACUGUGUUAGCAAAUGUAUUUAUGUGUUCCAUUGUAAAACAUCCUGCACAUGAUAUUACUUUAAACAACGUUUCUAAUAACUUGAUGGAAAAAAUAAUCAGAAAGUUAACAAGAAAGUGUUAUAUUCGAUGUUACUUCAUGAUGUACUUUAUUCUCCUGGCUUGUUACUUAGUUUUAUUUUUGUUAAGUGUCAUAAAUUUAUGUAUAUUUAAUCAAAUAGACCUUUAAUUAAAUAAUUGUUAUGUACAUUAUAUGUAUAUGUGUAUAUUAUUUUGUGUUAGAUUUUGAGGAAUGUAUUUUUUAGUUGUAAACCGAAUAUACACGAUACUCGUGUACAUUCAUAGUAUAUUUCUGAAGAAGUAAAUAUAUAUUUUCGUAUGUGCAAAUUUGCUUGAAAGGUAAAAAGUCACUUGUACUUCAUGUUAUACUUAUUUAUCUGAAUAUUAUUUAAUUACAACAAUUAAGAAAAUAGUAUAGUGUUUUCUCAACAUUAUUUAGGAAAGCUUUAUUGUCUCAAUAUCAAAUUGUCAUGCUACUGUAGCCUUAGAUUGUAACAAUAGGAUGUGGAGUUGUAUUGAUUUAAAAAAUACACUUUUGAUUAUCAGACAUUACACCGAUUUUCACUCAAAUGUAGUUGAAAGUUCCACAAUCCGUAUCCAGUAGCAAUGAGUGUACAGCUUACUUGGCAUGUAUGUCAUCAUUUUCUUAAUUAUUAAGUGUGAAACGUUGCGAUUAAUUCCACAUUUAGUAAAACCAUUUCAUUAUUUGUGAUAGUACAUGUUAAAUAAACAGUUCAAAUAACACAUCAGAAGAUUUAACAAUAAUUAUUUACUAGCGUAUUAUAAACUUUCGUGAUGGUUUAUUUGAAUUUAUUUCUGAUAUUAUCACAUAUAACAUAAUGUAAUGUAUUUAUUAUUUGUAUAGAUAUGAUGACAUUAUUUUAUGGUUGUGACGAAAGCCAAGAUACAUGGACGAAGUAUACAGCUAUAGUUUUUAGCAAUUUACAGAAAUCAUGUUUAUGUAAACCGUGGAAAGUUCGCUUCAGAAAUAUAAUUCAAACAUUACAAGACAUGAGAUUCAACAUAAUGUAUACUUUACUUUAUGAAUACAAAUUAUAUCAGUGCGGUCUCCUUCAAUACUAAAUAUACAGAAAUACAAUUUAAUGUGUGUAUUAUAAACAUAUGGAAACCCCAGUAA